GCUGUCACUCACAGCCGACAGUUCUCCUUCUCCAAUUUCUCUCUCUCUCCCUCGCCCUUCGUGUACACUUUGUCCUUUUACACAGUCUACACUUUACUUUCCCUUCAUUUUACUUUUCCCCAUUUACCGAACACCCUCAGUCCCCCAUUCUUCUCCAUCUCUUUUAGCCUGAGGUCGCCUGUUUAGCUACCUAUCUAUCUUCUUCACGCGUCUCGCUUCUCUGUCUAUUUGUUCUGCGCUGCUGAGCUGCAAUGUGCUUUGUGAGCGUAACUGGAGUUCGCUCACAUUGGAGUCCUCGCUUGCUGUUUUCGUGAUGUACUCGUUCUGAAAGAUUGGAUGCUUCCUUAACAUAUCCAACCUGUACGUGGUGAAAAUAUGGACCAUAAAGGAUGGCUUUGGAGGAAAAAAUCGACAGAAAAGACUACUGUCCUUACUGAAAAAGCAGAUCUCUCUUUGAAAGAAAAUGAAGAAGAGAUACAGAUGCUUCUGGCUGAAAAAGCAGAAAUGGAAAACAACCUGAAAAAUCUAAAUCAUAGGCUUUCUUCUGCCUUAUCUGAGUGUAAUGCCAAAGAUAGACUCCUGCAGAAACAUGAAAAUACAGCGCAGGAAGCCAUUUCAGGCUGGAAGAAGGCUGAUGCUGAAGCAUUGACUCUAAAGCAAGAACUAAAUGAAGCCCUACAGCAAAAAGCUUCUUUUGCAGAAAAAUCAUCUGCUCUGGAUGCUGCCCUAAAGGAAUGUAUGCAGCAGUUGAAGUUUGUUCGUCAAGAGCAGGAGAAAAGGAUUCAUGAUGCUGUAAUGAAGACAUCAAAGGAAUACGAGGAUGCUCAGAUGAUUUUGCAGGAGAAGUUGGCAGAGACUGGUGAAAGGCUUGCAAAAAUAGGUGUUGAAAAUACCAAACUGAGCAAAGCUCUGUUGAUGAAGGAAAAUUUGGUUGAAGAUCUAAACAAACAGAGAAAUCAGUUAGAGACAGAUUUUAAUGCAUUAAUGACUAGAUUACGAUCCACAGAGAAACAAAAUGUUUCUCUGAAGUAUGAGGUCCAGGUGCUGGAGAAGGAGGUUGAGAUUCGGAAUGAAGAGAGAGAGUUUAAUCGACGAACUUCUGAUGCAUCACAUAAGCAACACCUAGAGAGUGUUAAGAAAAUUGCAAAGCUAGAAUCUGAGUGUCAGAGGCUACGUCUAUUGGUACAAAAACGGUUGCCCGGACCUGCUGCCUUGGCCAAAAUGAAAAAUGAAGUUGAGAUUCUGGGAAGGGAUUCGCUUGAAAUGAGGAGGAAAAAGUUGAAUGCUAGUCCUACUGGUUUGAUUCUUGACUCUGAAGUUGAUAACCAACACGACACCCACGGCAAAAGGAUCAAUAUUCUGACAGAGAAAUUAUCUGCUAUGGAAGAAGAAAACAAGACUCUCAAGGAAUCCCUAGACAAAAAGAUAAAUGAACUACAAUUUUCAAGAAUCAUGUAUGCUCAAACAGCUUCCAAGUUAUCAGAAGCCGAGUCACAACUUGAAGAACCCUCAAAAGGUCAGAUGACUGUAGAGCAAAUCAAAAGUACUGCUAUAUCACAUGAGCUCUCCAUGGCAUCAGUAUCAGACAUUGGUAGUGAUGACAAGGUUAGUUCUGCAGAAUCGUGGGCUUCUGCUUUGAUUUCAGAGCUGGAGCACUUCAGGAAUGCGAAACAUAAGGGCUCACCUUCACCAAAAACAGUGGAGGUUUCAGAAAUGAAUCUGAUGGAUGACUUUGUCGAAAUGGAAAAAUUAGCAGUAGUUUCUGGUGACAAAUUAUCCAGGAGUUCUCACUCUGCAGAUGAAGCUAAUGCAACUACUGGGCCCUUGGAGAAUGGGCCAAUUUCCACUGAAGUAACAGGAAGGGAGAUAAUCUCAACAUCUGAUCAUGAUCCUAGUUUCAGCUUACCAAGCCAAGAAAGUAAGUUCAAAUUGAUUAGCAAACUUCCUGGUUGGCUUCAGGAUAUACUGAAAGUGGUUUUGGAGCAAAAUCAUGCUGCGCAAAGAAACCCUGAUGAAAUACUUCAAGAAAUUAGAAUAGCUUUGUCUUAUAUCAACAAUCCAUUAUGUGGUGAGUUUGUUGAUGCAAAGAAGAGCUCUUUUAGUCCUGGUGCUUCAAUUCCCUCCCCCGUUAGUGGCAACAUUUCAUGUAUAUCUUCAGAGAGAGCUUUGGUGCUGGAUUCACGAAGUGGAGUAGCUGACGUGGACGAGUCCUCAGCAGAUAAGUAUAACCAGCAUCUUCUGCCUGAGUUUAGCACGUCAAUAUGCAAAAUAAUUGAGCUUAUUGAAGGGAUAUAUUUACCAUCAUUACAGUAUGGUGCCCCUGAGACAUUAUCCAAGAAGGAAGCAAGUUAUUUCUUACAUAAGACUGUAGAAACACCUUCAGGAUACACCGUUCAUACUUUCCAGUGGAAAACUUCUGAGUUGAGUGAUGUUUUACGGAGGUUUCUUCAUAUUUGUUAUGAUCUGUUGGGCAGAAAAGCAGACAUCAACAAGUUUGUGCAAGAACUGUGUUCGGCAUUUAACUGGAUUAUUAAUCACUGUUUUUCUCUUCAAGAUGCUUCAAGCAUGAAGGAUGUUAUUAAAAAGCACUUUGACGGCAAUGAAUCUAGAAGUGAAAGUGAAGCAGAAGUCGCAAUAAUUAGUCAAACCUCAGGAGCAGAUAACUUAUGCCUUCCAGUUGAACAGUUUUCUACCUUACCAGUAGUUGAUGCUUCUCAUGCUGAUCAUAAUUCCUCUCAGAAUGUAGAACUCCCCUCGAAUGCAAGACAAGAUAGUAAAGAACUCAGAAAUGAGGCAAGUGAUGUUGAAGCUGCAAAGAAACAUUUGGAAGGGAAGCCCCAGUUAGCUAAUGGGAAAAGUGUAUUCCUGAUGAAUAAAUUUCAGGAAUCUGUCAAGGGUAUUGCAGAGUCUGAGAGUCUGAUUGAGAAUCAAGUUGAAAAUCAUAAGUUGAUAGUUGAAGAUCUUUUACAUGAGACUGACCAAAAAUUCCAUUUUCCAGAAGCAGAGAUGAAAGAUAGCAAGAAAUGCUGUGAGGGAUCAGGAUCAGCCUGUCUUGAGCAACAGGUCCAGUUUGAGAGUGAAAGGAAGGAGAUUCCAGACUCUGAAUUCAAGCAAGGAGACAAGCAACUUAGAACUGAAUGGGAGAUCACAGCUGCUUCAGAAAAAUUGGCAGAGUGCCAAGAGACUAUUCUAAACCUAGGAAAGCAGCUGAAAGCAUUGGCUGAUUCUAAGGAAGCAGCACGUCUUGACAAGAUUAACCCUACCUCUACACAAAAGGCUACUGCAACCAGCACCAGCUCCAGCACCAGCGCCGCCCCUGUUGCUGCUACCACAGCCCUUAAGUCAACUCCAACCAAGGAAAAAGUCAUUGGCCAAAGGUCCUCUCUACUUGAUAGAAUGAUAGCCGAUGAUAUUGCAGCACCGAAGGAACCUGAAACCAACGGAUGUGCUGGCAAUCAUGCUUCUGCUCUCAUGCUCAACAGGUCGAUAGAGCCAUUACAAAAGAUUCUCAUUUUGAAUGGAAACAAGCCGGCAGACAACAAGGCCGUCGUUAACCCACUGGCAAUUGUCCCUAGCAGAAGACCACAAGGAGGGAAGACUCUGUGGAAAAAGCUUCUUUGGAGAAAAAGGAAAGGUAAAAGCAAGAAACCACCCCUUCCAUUCGACCCACGACAGAUCAUCAUCUAAAACUCGUUGGCACUUAAAGUUGAUCUGCACUGAUUUCAGCUUCUGAUGUUUCUUGUUUCUGCUGCUCAUUUAGAGCAGGAAAAAAUACAAGGUUUGGUUUCUCUUAGCAUGAUGUCACGUGUACUAUGCUGUAUAUACCUAUAUGUAACUUAAAUCUGUGUCAAUAUAACCUUAAAAAGCUGCACCACUCUUGUUUACAGGCUUACCAUCUUCAACCAUUGCACCCGUGAAUUUUAAAUAAAUACCGCAUUAGUAAUGUUCGGAACAA